GAAGACAAAUAUCAAUAUUCAACCAAAAAAAUAAAAUAAAUUAAUUUAAUAUUCUGGCUCUCUGACGACGGAAAAACCAGUAUUCCGCCAGGGGAGAGAGGAGGAGGGCAUUUUGAUUGACUUGUUUCAUCACCAUACUCUCUCUGUUCUCUGACUGUGAUUCCUCUUUCGCCAUGGCUUUUCAGGGCAAGAAGCUCAUCAACAACCCCAAUGAUGUGGUGACCGAGUUCAUUGAGGGUCUUGUGGAAACGUACCCUGGCCUGCAAUACUUAGAUGGCUUUCCUCAGGUGAAGGUUGUAUUACGUGCUGAUGUUUCUGCUGCAACGUACGAUAAAGUUGCUAUUAUAUCAGGAGGUGGAAGUGGGCAUGAGCCUGCACAUGCUGGAUUUGUUGGGGAAGGGAUGCUGACAGCAGCAAUUUGUGGGGAUGUUUUUGCCUCUCCACCUGUUGAUUCAAUUCUAGCUGGCAUUCGAGCUGUAACUGGUCCAAUGGGGUGUCUUCUUAUUGUCAAGAAUUAUACUGGUGACCGCUUAAAUUUUGGUUUGGCUGCUGAACAAGCAAAGUCUGAAGGUUAUAACAUUGAGAUUGUGUUUGUUGGAGAUGAUUGUGCAUUACCUCCACCUAGAGGCAUAGCUGGUCGAAGGGGUUUGGCUGGGACGAUUCUUGUUCACAAGGUUGCUGGGGCUGCAGCUGCUGCUGGGCUUUCACUUGCUCUUGUUGCUGCAGAGGCCAAACGGGCAUCUGAAAUGGUUGGAACAAUGGGUGUUGCACUAUCUGUUUGCACACUGCCUGGUCUAGUUACAUCAGAUCGUUUGGGCCCAGGAAAGAUGGAACUGGGUCUUGGAAUUCAUGGAGAACCUGGUGCUGCUGUGGCUGACCUUCAACCAGUUGAUGUAGUUGUUUCUCAUGUUUUGAAUCAGAUACUAUCAUCGGAGAACAACUAUGUUCCGAUUACGAGAGGAAACAGAGUUGUCCUAAUGAUUAACGGUUUAGGUGCCACUCCUGUGAUGGAACUAAUGAUUGCUUCUGGAAAAGCAGUACCAAAGUUGCAACUGGAGCAUGGACUGGCGGUUGAUAGAGUGUAUACAGGAUCAUUUAUGACUUCUCUUGAUAUGGCAGGUUUCUCGAUUUCCAUCAUGAAAGCGGAUCAAGCUAUUUUGCAACUUUUGGAUGCUCCAACUAAAGCUCCAGCUUGGCCUGUUGGUGUUGACGGUAGUCAUCCACCACCCAAAAUUCCUGUUCCCGUGCCUCCAUCUCGUUCUACAAAGAGUGAUGAGUCAUUAGGUCGGCCGCUUCAACUGAGUGAAGAAGGUCAGAUUCUUGAGGCGGCUAUUGAAGCAGCUGCAAAUGCAGUAAUCAAGAUCGUGGAUAGUUUGAAUGAGUGGGACAGUAGAGCAGGUGAUGGUGACUGUGGGUCAACAAUGUAUAAAGGUGCAGCUGCGAUAUUAAAUGACUUGGAAACUUAUCCUCUGAAUGAUGCUGCUGAAACGGUGAAUGAAAUCGGAUCAUCUAUUGGAAAAGCUAUGGGAGGAACAAGCGGGAUCAUAUAUAGUAUAUUUUGUAAGGCAUUUUACGGACAAUUAAAAAUAAGCACCCGGUCAGAUGUCACAGCAAAGAAAUGGGCUGAAGCACUCGAAGCUGCUAUUGCCGCAGUUAGUAAAUAUGGGGGAGCCAGUGCUGGCUAUCGCACAUUGUUAGAUGCCUUAAUUCCAGCUUCAACAGUUCUCCAGGAGAAGUUAAAUGCUGGGGAAGACUCUGUUACUGCUUUUCUCCUUUCAUCCGAAGCAGCUUUGGCUGGGGCUGAGUCAACCAUACACAUGCAGGCACAGGCCGGCCGGUCAACCUAUGUGCCCGAGGAGAUACUUGCAUCGGUUCCAGAUCCAGGAGCAAUGGCUGCAGCAUCAUGGUAUAGAGCAGCAGCUUUAGCUGUUAAGGACAAGUGCCAGCCUUCGUGAUUAUGUAUACGCCCUGCCCCUUAUGCGUCGAUGAUCAAUUCGUGCUCUUUUUUUUGGCUGCAGAUCAACCAACAAAAUCCUUUUUCUUUUUGCUCGUCAUUUAUAAUUUACGGUCUUAACAAUUUUAAGCUUUCCGCUUGUGCUUUUUUAUGCAUAAUGCCGAGAGAGUUGAGCGCGCCCAUGCGUGUCUUGAUGUUUGUUUUUUGAGACUUGGAGACUAAGGUGUUUUAACUAUACAAACAUGUUUGUUGACAUCACUCACACACACACUCAGAAUAAUUUGCAUUUUUAAAUAUUUGGAGUUGGAAAUAGGAGGAGGAAUGGUUGUAACUUGUAACCUAUCCUCAUUUUAUUUUAUUUUUAUGUUCA